AUUUAUAAAAAGUCAGUGAGAAACCAUCCGUCGUUCAGUAGACAGUUGGUUAUUUAAUUAAUAAAAUGCGGUUCCUUAUCGUUGUGGUGUUAUGUUUGGCGGUGGCUUCAGCUGCAAAAGACAAUGGCAGGAUCAUCGGUGGUUCACUGACGACCAUCUAUGACUAUCCUGAUAUGGUGGCAUUGUUGCGCGGUUCUGUCUUCUAUCACCAGGACUGCGGUGGGGUCAUUCUCAACAACAGAGCCGUACUCAGUGCAGCCCAUUGCGUCGGAGCAUGGGGCAUACACGCUCGCCGCAUUCGUGUCGGAUCAUCGUACGCGAACAAUGGUGGCACAGUCAUAACCACAGAGAGACUCAUUGUCUACCCCGAAUAUAAUGUACCGACGGGACACAACAACGACAUUGGAAUCUUGUGGACGACGGAAGAAAUCCCAGUCACGGCAGCUUCCCGACCAGCCUGGAUCGCCGGUCCGAAUUACCACGUGGCUGAUGAUCAAGAAGUUUGGGCUGCAGGCUGGGGCCGCACGAUCGCCAACGAUGGGGGCUCAGUCUCAGAACAGCUACAGCAUGUGAAGAUCUGGACAGUGAACCAAGAGACUUGCAGGCUUCGCUACUUGCAGCGGUCGCCGAUCCCGAAUUUCAUCACGGAGAACAUGCUUUGUGCCGGCUGGAUAGAUGUGGGAGGUCGCGACCAGUGCCAGGGCGACUCCGGUGGUCCUCUCUACCACAACGGAGUGGUCGUCGGAAUCACCUCGUGGGGCGAGGGCUGCGCUGAUCCCUUCUUCCCUGGUGUCAACGUUCGAGUCUCUCAAUACACGAGCUGGAUCGAUAGCAACCGAUAAUAUUUUAUUCGAGCGAUUAAAUCAACAACAGUACCUAGCUA